AUGCGCUGCAAUUAUCCGAGUGCCAUCAUCCUUGUGCUCCUGUUUUUGGACCCCGGCCGGGGCAUAGUGAAUCCCUCGAACGAGACUGCGAAUAUUGUGAUAUCCAUGCUGCCGGCCAAGGACCUGGGGCCCGAGGUGUGGCAGGCCGGAGUCGACUGCCUGGAUAGGUUCGCCCAGAUAUUCUUCUACCGCAAGCCGGCAGAGCGCUACACCCGAGCCUACAAUCUCAUGAUGACUCACGCCUUCAACUUGUCCACUCCCGCCGAUGAGAUCCAGCAGGGAUUCGCCAAGCGAAUAAAUGAAGCUGUCACAGAUCCAACUGAGCCUAGGAGGGCGGAGCUGUUUCAGCUAAGAGUGGUUACGGAUCACGGGGGUAAGGUGAAGAGCAUGAACUUCGGAGAACUGCUCCUGGUGGACAACUACGUACUUAUUGUGGACUCCGUGGAGAGGCUGCUCAGCCUCAUGAGUCGUUAUGUGAGCAGGAUACGCUCCUGGAAUCCGGGGGCCAGAGUUUUGGUGCUCUUUCACAAUGCCCAGGUGCACAACCGACCCUGGACAGUGGCCUCCCAGAUCUUCAACGAGCUGAUGCACAGCUUCUACGUCCACCGGGUGGCCCUGCUCUACGCCAACUCGUCCACGGACUACAAUCUCCUGGUGAACGACUACUACAAUAAUGAGAACUGCCGGGUGCUGAACGUCCAGAGUGUGGGUCAGUGCCACGACGGAGAACUGUAUCCGAGUCCUACCGCAGUUCACGCCGCCAUGGUGGACUAUGUGGCGGGAUUCAGUCCCAAGAACUGCACUUUCUACGUGUGUGCUUCCGUGUCGGCACCUUUUGUGGAAGAGGAUUGCAUUGUGGGCCUGGAGAUGAGGAUCCUAGGAUUUAUGAAGAAUCGUUUGGACUUCAAUGUGAACCAAACCUGCAGUUUGGAAUCCCGGGGAGAACUGGAUGCCAAUGGCGAUUGGAAUGGCUUGCUCAGCAAGGUCAUCGACAACGAGUGCGACUUUAUAAUGGGGGGCUUCUAUCCGGACAACGAGGUGGCCGACUUCUUCUGGGGCACUGACACCUAUCUGGAGGACGCCCAUACCUGGUACAUCAAGGAGGCGGAAGUGAGGCCCGCCUGGCAGGCCAUGGUGGGAAUCUUCGAGCCCUACACCUGGCUCUGCUUUCUCCUGGUCCUGCUAGUCACCUGGCUCUUCUGGUUCGCCCUGGUCAAGAUCCUGCCGGAGCCCAACUACUACCAGCAGCUGAGUCUGACGGGGAUCAACGCCUUGGCGGUGACCAUCUCAGUGGCCGUCCAGGAGCGUCCAGUUUGCGAGGCCACAAAGGUGUUCUUCAUUGGUCUCACGCUCUACAGCCUGAAUGUGGUGGCCACCUACACCUCCAAGAUGAUAGCCACCUUCCAGGACCCCGGCUACCUGCAUCAGCUGGACGAGCUGACCGAGGUGGUGGCCGAGGGAAUACCUUACGGUGGCCACGAGGAGAGCCGGGACUGGUUCGAGAACGACGACGACAUAUGGAUCUUCAACGGCUACAACACCUCGCCGGAGUUCAUUCCAAGAACGGACAACCUAGUGGCCGUGAAGAACGGAGAACGCUGCAUCCUGAGCAACAGGAUGUACACGAUGCAGAGUGCCCUGGGAGACGACAUCUACGCCUUUCCCCAGAACGUCUUCUCCAGUCCCCUGCAGAUGAUCACGAAGGCCGGCUUUCCAUUCAUCUUCGAGCUGAACACCAUCAUCCGAAUGAUGCGGGAUGUGGGAAUCUUUCAGAAAAUCGACAAGGACUUUCGGUACAACAACACCUAUUUGAACAGGAUAGCCAAGAUGCGGCCACAUUUUGCGGAUAAUGCCAUUGUCCUGACCACGGAGCAUCUGAAGGGACCCUUUUUCAUCCUCAUAGUGGGGGUCUUUUGUGCGGCACUCACAUUUUUCGGCGAGCUAAUGAUCCGGAAUUGGCGCUGCCAGUUGGUCAGCAAGCGGCAGGAGCCAAAGCCCCCCAAGAAGCGGCGGGCCAGAAGGAGGAAAGGACGAGGGCAGUUGGGCGAAUGGCAGCGACAAGUUCAAGUGACUCCAGUCAUACGAUUUACGCCAGUCAAACGACGCAAAGUUUUCCAGUGACAAACAAGUCAAAAGUAAACCAACUCUCCACCCCCGGCUGCGAUAAAAAUUGACUCAAUUCACAUAAAUUUGCAAUUGAGAGACACUGACUGGCAACCCGCCCGGCAUCCUGCACUCCUGCGCUUCUCCUUUUUUUGUUUUUUUUUUUGUUUUCCCGUCUGGGUCUGGGUCUCGUGUCUUGUGUCUUCUGUCGGCUGUCUGUUGUCUGGUCUUUUCUGGUCGCCUCUGUUACUUUUCACGCGAAAUACUUAAAAUCAGAGACAAAAUUCUAUUUUUGCAACUAUCACACAGUCGAACAACAAGCAGCAGCAGCAGCAGGGAGUCAGGCAGGGAGCUCCGCAAAUUGACAAUCAGCUUCAGCUUCAGCUUUUCCCCAACAACGGCGGCGAAAAACACAGAGAUAAAGAACGAGUUAGGAUACAGAUACUCCCAUAAGUGGCACAUUCGCUGAUUGCAGCUCCGGAGAAUCCGUGCAGGAAGUAACUGCCACUAGCACCAAUAUCAGAUGUCCCAAGUUUCGAUUCAAAAAUAUCGCAAAUGGAAUUGAAACUAGAAUGCUGAAGAAAAGUUUCCCCCAUGUGCUUGAGAGUUUCUUUCCAACUUUAGUCAUCAGAUUUCCAUAAAUUCUAUAAGCUUUGUCCUGUCAAUAUAUUUAUAAUCAAAAUCAUUAAGAAUGCUUUUAAAAAUUGAAAUAAAUCAAGUGUCUUAGGGUGCAUUACUCAUCCAAUGGGCAUUAGUCAGUUUAGACUUUGAGAACGCCAUCCAACACCCACUACUCGGCAGCUCGAAUUUCACUCUGGUGAUCCUGCUUUGUCGGCCAAGAGCAUAACAAUCAUUUGAUAUCUCUAUCAUGCCCCAAUCAAAUGAAUCUGUGAGUGAUUCACACCCAAAACAGUUCACAGUCAGAGGCACACACUCAAUUACUCACACCGAAAUGGGCGCACUCGCUCAACGUACUUAGUCUUUGUAAUUUGAAAAUUGCUUUUCCUU